GUGAAGCUAACACUCACAGUUGAUGCCCAACUCCCAUUCUUCUUCCUCCAUCCUGUGUCACCAUCUUUCUUCCCGGAGGAAACAGCACCAACAUUUCUGCUCUCUAAUGGACUCGCACAGGAUAUGUAGCUGCUAAUUAAGGUGCUUGCAAGUGGAGGAGGCGUGGAUGGGUUAGAUUAUUUGAGCCUGGAGCUUAUUCCGUUUGUUGGGCACCUGGGCCUUGAUUCAGAAACUCAUCAUGGACAGGCGUGGAUGGGUGCUGGGGUAUGAAUCACCCCAUGUCGAGGCGGCGGUAGAGAAUUUGAUCGAUUUCAUUGAGAAAACUAAAUAUAGUGCCAUAUAUUAUAAUGGAUGGCAUGGGUUGGCUGCUUCUGUGGUGCUUAGAGCUAUUGUCGAAGACCCUCCGCCGUCUCUGAUGAAGAAUUUCGACAAGAUCAUCCACGUCGAUUGCUCGAGGUGGAAAAGUCGAAGAGCACUACAAAGGAAAAUAGCCGAGGAACUGAAGCUUGCUGAAACUGUAAUGGCUAUUUUUGAUAAGCAAGAUGAAAAAGAUGAUUUGGAAGGGUUAGAUGAGGGAUCUCGAGCUGAGAUACAACAUGUUGUGCCAGUAAUCCAUCGAUCCCUACAGGAGCAUAGAUGUUUAGUGGUAUUUCAGAACACUAGUAGAAAAGGGGGCAACGAUUCAGGCCAGGGCAACCCAUUAGUCCCGGUUCAGACUAGAAUCGGGACCAAUGGGGGCAUUGGUCUCGGUUCAUGA